GCGAUCUCAUCUACGUUCUUUCCUAUAUACUAUUUUACCUUAAUAUUAUCAUGGAUUCGCUACAACACAUCCGACUGCUUCACAACAAUUAUUAACUGGUUGAGGUUAGUUACAACGCAGAAGAGGAAUGCUGUGCGGAUUGCUUAUUCCAUCCGUACAUUAUGUAUCCGUAUCAGAGAUACGGAUAGUUCUAGCUAUAAAUGGUCGGACAAAUGUCCGUUUGCUUGACGAAACGAAAUACAACAAUUAAUCUUUUCGUUUUGUUCGACCGUCGAGCUCGAAUCACUGUCGACCGACCACGUCGAGGACUUUUAUAACUCCAAUAAACAGACCAAAAUAAAAAAAAUUAUAUUGAAUAUAUCCAUGUCAACAAGUUCACCAAAAAUGGCUGAAAUCAACUCCAGGUUGGAGAAAAUAUUUCGGAGGGAGUCAAAUAGCAUGCUUGAAAUCAACGAUAUUAGAAAAGAUGAAGCUGCUACGAUUGUUGAUUUCAUCAGACUAGAACCAGAGGUGAAAAAAAUAUUUAGGAAAAUUUUGCAAAGCUAUUUCCAGCCUGAUAUCUGAUGAACAGUCAUGUGGGAUAUUUAGAAAGUGUAUUAUAAUGUACUAUAAACCUAUUAUCCCUUUCUAAACCAUGGUCUAAGGUAAUUGCUUGUCAGAGGCUCUUUUUCCUUUUUCUGCUUGCCAUAUACACUGUUUUCUCAUCCUUCUUACCAAUCACAGUAACAUUGGCCCUUUUAAGUGUCUGAAUAACAUGAUUUUUAUCGUUUU